UUCUAUCCCAAUCGUCACCAACCCACAAACCAAUCUAAAUUAUCAUGAUGAACAUCGCUCAGUCCUCGCUUGCUCUGCUGCUUAUCGUGGCGGCUGCUUCCAACACUGAUGCAUCUUACCUUCGCAAACUUGGCGGCACCACCAUCGCCACCAACGUCAAAACCUACGCUGCCUACGGUGACUACGCCCCCGCCAUGCUGGCCGCCGUCAACAAGCAGCGUGCCACCAAGGGCCUGUCGCCUCUGUGCCUCAACAAGAAGCUGCACUCCGCUGCUCAGCGUCACUCGGAUGAUAUGGCUGCCAAGGACUACAUGGCUCACGACGGCUCGGACGGCUCGACCAUGUCGGAGCGUAUCACGCAGGCCGGUUACGACUGGAGCGCCGUGGCUGAGAACGUGGCUGCUGGACAGGUGGAUGUGGACGCCGUGAUGGUGGCGUGGAUCAACUCUCCGGAGCACCUGGAGAACAUCAUGGGCGACUACACGAUGUUCGCCCCUGGGUACGCGUUCAACAAGGAAGGCACAUACCAGCACUACUGGACGCAGGACUUUGGUACGGGUGAAACCGAGCAGUGUGACGGUGCUACCACGAGCGGUUCGACAACCGUGCAGGAUGCUACUCAGAACGUGGACGUGGUGCAGGGUGAGGCCGAAACGGAGGCCCCGACGCCUGCGCCGACGACGGUGACGGAUGCUCCGGCCACGGAAGCUCCGGUUGCUCCCGCUCCGGAGGCCCCUAUUACGGAGACUGAGGCCCCGGUGACGCCCGCCCCGACCACCCCGACACCUGCGACUCCUGUUCAGGCUGAUUGCCAGUCCAACUUCUAAGCAAGCGCACGAAGCAGUGUGUUUGUCAUCCAGAAACUUCCUCUUGUUGGGCACCCCAGCAACACCACAUAGAGCUAUAUGUAACUGCGUAGAUUGAGUGAGAUCUCAAGGUGCAGAUUAGACCCCUAUACAAUAAAUGAACAAUUAGAUCACACGAAUCGAAAGUGCAAAU